AUGGAGGUUGACGGCGAAAACGUACUAGGGAACAGAUACAAAUUAAAAGAGAAGCUGCUUCGGGCCACUAGAGUAGACCGUGUGCAAUCUGAAUAUGAGAUGAUACGCGCACGAUUCGUGAGUUACUUGGAAGAGGUCUUCGCCAAGGGUCUGCAGCCGCCGCAUUCUCGAACGUUCCACGAAAUUCUAUUCUUCAGCGACGUGGCCAAUGUGAAGAAGCAGAUAGUCGGUUCGCCACGCGGCGCCAUACACAUGGCGUUGAGCAAUCCCGUUCACUAUUUACAGUGUAAGUGCUGCGUACUGCCUUCGCUGGAUAGUGUGGCUGACACCUUACCGGACGUGUGUUUGGCUUACAAGCUACACAGAGAAUGCGGGAAACAUAUCAACCUAUAUGACUGGUUGCAAGCCUUCGCCGCAGUACUGAAACCUGAUGAGGAAGACGAUCAGCGUUUUAAGGAUACCAGUGUGCAGUGCACGUUUGAUAUCCUGAUGCUUAAUAUCAGGAUAAACGCCGGCCAUGAAUAUUUGCGACAUCCGGUAGGGUUGCCACCGUUGCCAUACGUUAGUAGAGCUCGAUUCACCCACGCCGUCGCCGAACUGCAGUUUUUAGGGUUUAUAAAGUCAUCUAAAAGAAAGACUGAUCAUGUAAUGCGAUUGACGUGG